AUGGUGCACAGCGCCUACGAUUCCUUCGAACUCCUCCACGAUUGCCCUUCCAAAAUCGAAUCCAUCGAAUCCUACGGUUCCAAUAUUCUCCUCGGAUGCUCCGACGGCUCUCUACUCAUCUACGCCCCGGACUCCAACCGCUCUCCGCCGGCUACGGCGGCGCCGGAGGACCUGCGGAAGGAGGCUUACGUGCUGGAGAGAAGCUUGAAUGGCUUCGCGAAGAAGCCUCUGGUGUCAAUGCAGGUCGUGGAAUCGAGAGAAGUGCUCCUCUCGCUCUCCGAAUCCAUCGCGUUUCACAGGCUUCCCAGUUUCGAAACCAUAGCCGUAAUCACCAAGGCGAAAGGCGCCAAUGCCUUCUGCUGGGACGAUCGUAGAGGCUUCUUGUGCUUCUCGAGGCAAAAGCGUGUCUAUGUUUUCAGACACGAUGGUGGUAGAGGAUUUGUGGAGGUGAAAGACUUUGGUGUUCCUGAUGUGGUGAAGUCCAUGUGUUGGUGUGGUGAGAACAUAUGUUUGGGGAUUAGAAAAGAAUAUGUGAUUCUGAAUACUACAAAUGGUGCAUUGUCUGAGGUUUUUACUUCUGGGAGGCUAGCGCCUCCUUUAGCAGUCUCUCUUCCUUCGGGAGAACUUCUUCUUGGCAAGGAGAACAUUGGUGUCAUUGUGGACCAAAAUGGGAAACUUCGUCCAGAAGGUAGGAUUUGUUGGUCAGAGGCCCCAGCAGAAGUUGUAAUUCAGAAUCCGUAUGCUAUAGCACUGCUGCCUAGAUUUGUGGAGGUUCGAUCUCUUCGAGGUCCAUAUCCACUGAUACAAACAGUAGUUCUUCGAAAUGUACGCCAUCUUCGCCAAAGCAAUAAUUCUGUGAUUCUUGCUUUAGAUAAUUCUGUUCAUGGCCUCUUUCCUGUUCCUCUUGGAGCUCAGAUUGUCCAAUUAACAGCCUCUGGAAACUUUGAAGAAGCCUUGUCAUUGUGCAAGCUCUUUCCACCUGAAGAUUCAAAUCUUCGCACUGCAAAGGAGGGUUCAAUUCAUAUAAGAUAUGCCCACUACCUUUUUGACAAUGGCAGCUAUGAGGAGGCAAUGGAACAUUUUCUGGCAUCUCAAGUAGAUAUAACUUACGUGCUUUCUCUGUAUCCAUCCAUUGUCCUUCCAAAGACAACUAUUGUUCAUGAGUUGGAGAAGUUGGUAGACUUUUCUGAGGAUGCUUUAUAUCUCUCGAGAGGUUCUUCGGCUUUGUCAGAUGAUAUGGAACCCUCUCCAGCAUCUCAUAUGUCAGAAUCUGAUGAGAAUGCAGAACUUGAGUCCAAAAAAAUGAGCCAUAAUAUGCUUAUGGCUCUCAUGAAGUUUUUGCAAAAGAAGAGAUAUAGUGUUAUUGAGAAGGCCACUGCAGAGGGAACUGAGGAAGUUGUUUUAGAUGCAGUUGGGGAUAACUUUGCAUCCAAUAACAGUAGUAGGUUGAAGAAAAUAAACAAGGUACAAUAA